AUGUCUGAAAACGAGAAUAACGAGUUCGAUGAUGAUCUAAGUUUAUCUUCUCAUGCCUUAUCGGCCCUAAAUGAAUUUUUUUCGGAACAGCAAGAGCAACAGCUGAGAUUCGAGCAAUUAAAACAAUAUUCUUCAAAUCAAACUUAUUCGGAUGCAGAGCAUGAGGACGAUAAACCCGAUUUGGUAAACGAAGACAGUAUUUAUUUUAAGAAUAAUGGAGUUAAUAUGGAUUUUUUUAAAGAAGAUUGGCAGUUAAGCCAGUUCUGGUAUUCCAAUGAAACAACAGAUUUAAUAAUUCAAGAAGUUCUAGCGCACUCGAAUUCGGAGAGUCGGAUAGCAUGUAUUAGCACGCCAACAGUAUUUGUUAAAUUAAAAUCAAUUACUCCACCUCUAAAACAAACGAUUUAUCUAUUCGAAUUUGAUACUCGCUUCGAUGUAUAUGGUUCCGAUUUUUUUCAAUAUGACUAUAAAACCCCUACCAAAUUUCGCGAUUGUUCAAACCUUCAAAAUACUUUUGAUUUUAUUGUGGUGGAUCCGCCAUUCCUGAGUGAAGAUUGUUUUACUAAAACCAUGAUUACUGUUAAGUGGCUUGGGAAGAAGGAUGAUUGUAAGAUUUUGCUAUGUACCGGUAAGAAUCCAUUUCUUCAAUCGUGCUCGAAUGACUUCUUUCUACCCUCAACACCAAGGUGGACUAGCCAACGAAUUUCGGUGCUAUAUCAACUAUCAAAGUCAGAACAUAAAAUGGGAAGAAAAUUAACAUCAUAUUAA